AUGCCAUUAUUUGCCAGACGACUUUUGCUUGACCAGCAUGGCAAGGCUACCAACUUUCGGCUUCAUACUUUGCAGUUCCCGCAUAUGAGAGCUUUGCAUUUUGCCUGGUUGAGCUUCAUGGUCGCAUUCAUAGCCUGGUAUGCAAUCCCUCCGAUUGUUUACGACAUGUCUGUAGAUUUGGGUCUUACCUCCAUGGAUAUCUUUAACUCAAACAUGGCUGUCGUUUCAAUCACGAUCGUCGCUCGUCUUGUUGUCGGUCCGCUUUGUGAACGUUAUGGUCCUCGUAGAGUAAUGGCUGGUAUUUUGGUAUGUGGUGCCAUCCCUUGUGGUUUGACAGGUCUGAUCACCAAUGGUGCCGGUUUGAUUGCUCUUCGUGCAGUCAUCGGUAUUCUCGGUGCCACAUUUGUUCCUUGUCAAUUUUGGACCACCCAAAUGUUUGCUCCAUCUGUUGUUGGAACUGCCAAUGCCAUAUCAGCGGGUUGGGGUAACAUGGGUGGCGGUAUCACGUAUCUUCUGAUGCCUACUAUCUACGAAUGCAUCCACUCUUUCGCUAGUAACGCCGUUGCUUGGCGCGUCACCUUUAUUGUUCCUACAAUCAUUUGCCUCAUUGUUGCCGCCCUUGAUUAUUUCUGCUCAACGGACACACCUAAUGGCGAUUGGUUAGAACUGCGUCGAGCCGAUCAACAACGUGACUCUAAAUGGGCAUCAGGCAUUGAUGCCAGGAGUAGCACGGACGAAGAAGAAAUCGACCUUGGAAAAGGGCACCAUAAUCACAAUACUAUAUAUCCUGCGGAUGUGGCUACAAUCACUACGACGGCUGCUGCUAGUAACGAAAGGACCAUGCUUGCAGAAGAAGACGGCGAAUCCAUUGAAGAUGUGAAGAGGGAUGAAACCGUCAAAGAGGCGUGUAUUGGUUUCUUUCGCACACUCUGCAAGCCACCCGUGCUGAUCAUGAUUGCCCAUUAUGCUUGUUCCUUUGGUACCGAGCUUGCCGUCGAUAAUGUUAUCGGUCAAGUCUUCCGUGAAGAACACAAUAUGGAUAAUUCAACAGCAUCCUACAUUGGCUCUAUCUUCGGCUUGCUCAAUAUCGUUUCGCGUCUAUCCGGCGGCAUCUUUUCCGACUUCAUGUCUGAGCAGUUUCAUGUCUCUGGCCGCAUCCUUGCCCACUGCAUUUGUAUGAUAUUGGAAGGCAUCUUUCUGAUCGGGUUUGGCCGUGGUCUGGACAACCUACCUACUGCUAUCAUGACCUUGGUCUUUUUCUCCUUUUUCGUGCAGGUUGUCUGCGGCACUUCCUUUGGUAUUGUCCCAUUCAUUGACCCUCCAAACAGUGGCAAAGUCAUAGGCAUAGUAGGAGCUGGUGGUAACUUUGGUGGCCUUAUCUUCAGCUUGAUGUUCCGUGAAUAUGGUCAUGAUUGGAAAGGCGCAUUUGUAUGUCUCGGUUCUGUUGCCCUUGGUACUGGUCUCCUCGGCAAUGCUCUUCUUAGUGUUCAAGGCAAAAUGCUCUGGCACUGUUUCAAUGGAAAACACAAAGCAUAA